UAUGACGGUUUGUCCAAGAUGAAAGCGAAACAGUUACUUCAAACAAUGCUCCUUAUAAAAACCGUUGGCGUAUUCUCCCUAUUACAUAUCCAAGCAAAGAAGUUCGGAUUGUCUGGCCAUAUAGAUUGGCGAGUGAACUCCAAGAGGGAAAAGGUCAAGGAGAUGAUGAAGUUUGCUUGGAAAGGAUAUGCCGAAAAUGCCUGGGGCUUCAAUGAGCUCAACUCGGAGCUAGGAGUUCCGCACAAUGAGAGCGUUUUUGGAAGUCACCACAUCGGACUGAGCAUAAUCGACAGCCUGGACACCCUGUUCAUAAUGGGUCUAAAGGAGGAGUACGAGCAAGGUCGCAAGUGGGUGGCUGAUAACUUCACUCUGGACCACAUAGAUGGCUACCUUUCGGUGUAUGAGCUAACUGGUCGCAUUGCCGGUGGUCUCCUCUCCAUGUACGCCAUAACUGGGGACGAUGUGUAUAUAACCCAGUCUGAAUAUGUGAUAAGGAAACUUCUGCCAGCCUUUAAUUCAUCAAUGCAUAUACCGCAUGCCAGGAUUAAUCCUGCAGCGAAGAAAGCUGCUCCUCAUUCGUGGACUCCUGAAUCGCUUCUCGGCGAGAUUGGCAGUUUGAACAUGGAGUUCUAUUACACCAGUGAGAUCACCGGACACCGGAAAUAUCGACCCGUAGUGCAUCAUGUGCGGGACCAACUGGACAUGUUGUUCAAACCGCGCGACAUGUAUCCCGAUUAUAUUCAUCCCAGGACGGCCCUCUGGGGACCCCUGAAAAUGUCCAUGGGACCCAAGGGUGGCGGUGGAUUGUACGAGUGUAUGCUCAAGUCGUGGUUAAGAUCGAAUCAGCUGGACGAUCAAGCACGUGACCUGUACAUGAAGGCUAUCCAUCAGGUAAUCAAUAGCAUGGUGGGACUAAGCUUUGGUGGUCUUACCUAUGUGGGAGAACUGUCCAAUUUCCAUGUGAUCCGACGGAUGGAGCACUCUACCUGCUUUACCGGCGGACUUUUUGCUUUGGGUUCCCAGGCUUUUUACAAUGAUUCCCAGCUGGAGGCCAAACACCUGCAGUUGGGCAAGGAUCUGGCCUUAACCUGUCGUGAGAGCUACAGACGUUCAGCCACUGGACUGGGACCAGAGUCCUUUCAAUUCGACUCUGUGCCCAGGGAAGAUGCCACCGCCAGGGAGAGCGAUUCGAAGGCCUAUCGGUUGAGACCGGAUGUGGUGGAGACCUAUUUAAUAUUGUGGCGCCUCACCCACGAUCAGAAGUAUCGCGAUUGGGGCUGGGAGGUGGUGGAGGCCCUGGAGAAAUAUUGCCGCACGAAGUUUGGUUUUGCUGGUCUGCAGAAUGUCUACGAUCCAAAGAGUCCUAGGGAUGGAGUGCAGGGAAGUCACUUCUUGAGCGAGACUCUCAAAUUCCUGUAUCUUCUGUUCUCCAAGGACUCGCUGUUGCCCCUCAAGAAGUGGGUCUUUAACACCGCGGGUCAUCCGCUUCCCGUUCGCUAUAUAAACAAUAAGUUCCGCGGCAACCAGCUGAAGCCCUAUGUUCACUUCUCAAUUUAAUUUCAGACUUAGAUUAUAUAUACUUGUAUUUCCCAAAUAAAGAAAACAAGUUAC